AUGUCUGAUUAUGCUCGUCAGCUAUGCAAUGAACUAAUGGGUCUUGAUAGAAACAAAACCGUGUAUGAAGAAAAGACGCAGGAAAAGAGAUUUUAUGAUAAAGAUGUUUGCAAGUACUUUUUGGUUUCGUUUUGUCCACAUGACUUGUUUCCCAACACAAAAUCGGAUAUUGGCCCGUGUGAGUACCGUACUCAUGACGAGGCCCUACGGGCAGACUACAUGUUAAAUGGGGAGGAUUACGUUGUUCAAUUUGAGAAGAAAAUGAUGGAUUACUUGCAGAGACUGGUAAAUGAUCUGGAUCGCCGAAUAAAACGGGCAAAAGAAAGGCUCGAGGCCAAGCCUUCAGAUGAGGUGCUUGCAAUGAUGAAACCAAACAAAGACGAAAAUGAAGAGCGAAUAGUGAAGCUUGAAUUACAGCUGAAAGAUCUUUUGGAUCGUAUGGAAAAGUUUGGCGAAGAAGGCAAGGUCUAUGAAGCCCAGCAGUUGGAUUGCGAAUCCGAUCGCCUUAGAAGGGAUAUUGACCGCAUCAAACAGGAAAUAAACCCGAUGUUUAAAAUGGAGAAGGAAAUGGAAACAUGCAGCGUUUGCGGUGCUUUUCUUGUUGUAAAUGACAUUGCAAAGAGGCUCGACGCCCAUUACGAGGGAAAGCAGCACAUUGGGUUUGACAAGGUCAGAAAAGAGCUCGAUCGGUUGAAGGAAAAAUAUCCAAACACCCCAGUAACCUCUCCGAGUACACAGGGGAAAACCGCGUUUCUGUAUGAACUGCCUUCACGCAGAAGGUCGAAAUCGCCACCGCUUCGAUCCAAGUCUCCUCAAACAAGAGGAGCAAGCUCUCGCGAUGCCGGAGCACGACUUCAUUCGCCAGAGAGAAAAUCUAGGAAUCAAAUGAGACAAAAGUCUCGGUCUAAAUCGCCAAUACCCCAUGAUUAUCCACAGAGCCGCAAGUUCAGAAAAUAUUAA